AUGGUCAAGGAGUCGACCUUUGCAGUUUUUCUGCACAACAUAAUUCGAAAAGUGUCUAGAUACAAAGAAGCCGCUCGACUGCUUUAUCGCAUUGCCAAAAAAUUCCCCCUUGUCCGAAACAUUGAGCUUCACGUCGCCAACCUUCCAAAAGAAGUUUUUGACCGACCUCACCACCCGGAAUACUCGCCUAUUCUUUCAGUGGUGCUCUGUCGUUUAGGGAAAAUAGAUGGCAAACAGUAUGACGUCUCUCAGAUCUCCCGAUUCUUAAGAAUUAUCCAGGAAGCCAAGAUCCACGCCAAGAUCCACGCCAAGAUCCAGCUGAUCGCCUACUGCGAAAUUCAGGAUAUUCCACUGUUCCCCCGAGCCAUCGCUUCCAGCAAGGACGCUUGUUUUCUAUGCCAUGCGUUCAUCCGUAGUCAGGGCAAGAUGUACAUAUCACACUCGCAUGGGAGAUUGUACCCUGGCUGGCAGCUGCCAAUGCUAUUGUCAUUUAAAAUGCUGGAGCCCCGAUUCAAUGAAGUUCUUCUGAACUAUGCUCGACAGACCGUUAAGACUCGACACAAAGGUCAAGUGGAUGCUCGACCCUACCCGAAUGUGAGUACUUUGCUUCCUAUGUUGGCUUCGGCAUCGACAAUGAGCUCUGUACAUGGCUCAGUCCGGAACAACACGGAAAGAACCACGUCGGUCCCUAGCGUUUCUCCAGGUCCCGGAAUCAUGAAAUUUGCAGUCUCAGAUGCAGGAUUAUUGGAGAGAAAGUACCUGUCUGUCGGCUCUGAACUACUUCGGUGCUGUGUUCAAACGCCUAGUGACCCGUCCACUGGUACCGUCAACCCGACGGCCUCAUCUCUGUUUUUCUCGGCCGGCCGCCUGCAUCUUUACUUCGAGAUAGAGAAUUCGACACUCGAAUUAGCAGCGCAGAGUCGUACCUACUCUAAUGAAAUUAUGACUGUCGACCAGACCACAAUGCUAUCAGUCGGAUCACUAAUAGUGGACGUCACGAAACUAGAGAGAGAGAUGACGUAUCGUCUCCCAGCUGACGGGACGUUCUGCCUUAUAGCUCACGGCGAUACCGUGAAGAUCGUGUGCAAACGAUGA